AGGGAUUGUCACAUCCCACAUCCAAAAUCUGUUAUUUGCAGUAUGAAAAGUUCUUCGCGGAAGAGAAGAAACGGCUCGACGCGGCAGGACAGCAACUUCCAAAAGAUUACUGGUUCACAAAACAGACCAUUGGCAAUGCCUGCGGCACUAUUGGUCUCCUGCAUGCACUUGGCAAUAGCCGAAAAAGUAUCAGUAUAGACGGUGAGCUGGGCAAGUUCUUCGACUCGACAGAGUCCAUGACGCCCGCAGACAAAGCUGAAUUUCUUACCAAAGCAGAAGGCAUCUCGGCCGCACACCAUGAGAGUGCAAACGAGGGCCAAACCGCGGUGUGUAUUUAG